UUGUUUUCUUGGUCAUGCCCUUUGUUCCAAAUCAAUCCACCGGUGUAAGUUUUUAUGAUUGUGUAUAUAAUCAUUUCUGUUAUUCUGUGAAUGUCAAUGUUUUUUUGCAGAAUUGUUUGGCGUAGUCUUUCACUAAUUGUUGCCUUGUUUCCAAUUCUUGAUCCAAUUGCAAUUAUUUUAAUUCUUCCGGAAUAUCGAAGAGCAGCUUGGACAGCUAUGAUUUGUGGUAAACAAAAUAUCAAAAAUAACCCGUCAACAACUGAAAUGUUUAGCGUAAGCUUUUUAGAAAAAUUUGUGACCAGAUAUCCCAAUUCAAACACAUUUUCAGAAAACAGCCCGUAGCUCUUAA